ACCAUAAACGGACUUUGCUUCUCCGCGUGAGAAGUUGACUGUUAUUUAAAUGAGUCACUGAUUGUUGGGACCAACUGACAGCUCAGCAAACAACGUGCUUACAGUCAGUCAGUCAGCUAGCGCUGCUCUUUAGUUACAUAGUACUUCAUUGAUUCCUCCAAGAACAUCGUGAUUGCAGCAGCAUUCCUCUUAGCUUAGCGACCAACAUGUCAAAGUCAGCCGACCACGGGACUUUUAUGUAUUUUGCUUUUGGCAGCAACUUGUUGAAGGAAAGACUGCAGGCGGCCAACCCUUCUGCUACCUUCUUCACCACCGCCACACUCAAGGACUACCAGCUGGAGUUCGGCGUGUGCGAGGGCAUCGUGGGCAACAUCUGGCACGGGGGCGUGGCCACCAUCCGCCACAGUCCCGGCUCGGAGGUGUGGGGCGUGGUCUGGAGCAUCAGCAACCGCAACAAGGACACGCUGGACGAGCAAGAAGGCGUGAGUAAAGGUGUGUACUCUCCCCUGGACGUGUGGGUGGAGAGUGGUGAUGGUGGCACACCUACCAGGUGCAGGACCUACCAGCUCAACAACUUCCAGCCCUGUCCUCCCUCCCCCCCCUACAAACAUGUGGUGUGUUGUGGGGCCCGGCAGCAGGGCCUCCCUGUAGAGUACUGUGAGCGCCUGCAGGCCCUGGAGACCAACAACUACACGGGGCCGUCCUUCCUGGACCACAUCAGACACACCCUCACCGGCUUGGAACAUCCAUCCUUUAUUGGCUAACAAGGUGUGCACGUGCAGAGACUGCAGCAACAAGUGACACUUGCUGAAAGUCACACUUCCUGUCUUUGUCAUCUUCGGACGGCAACUCCCAACAACUUUAUUCCUCGCGUUGAACAUCACUGAGAGAGUUUGUGACGCCGUGUAGUUGCAACCAUGAAGAGUGGAUUGCUGUGCUCUCUUUCAAAAUAAUACUCUUUCCUGUGGAAGAAAUAAAGGCAUUAUGUGUGUU